AUGUCGCUUCCCUCCUACAUCUGGCGUAAAACUGCUUCUCCUACUGUAGCGAUCACUCUUUCGGUUAGCGCAGUUAUUUAUGUUACCGCGAUUUGUCCUUUGGUUUUUCUUUAUCUUUUUGGAGACGCAUCGAAUGUUCUGGAAAACGAACAGUGUCCGAAUUUUUUAGCGAUUGCCUCUCCCGCAUCGCACACAUAUGAGACUCAUCGCAGCUCGUUGUUCGCAAUAUGUGUCAAACGGACUUCUAGAGGAUCGCAUAUGGAUCGGGUCCUUUAUGCGCAUCAUCGCCCAGGACCUGUGUUUAUAGCCCUAUCUCUGAAUCACCUGUGUAUUCUGUUGACGGAAUUGAGCUCCGAUAGUGUGCGCAAACACCAAGUGCGCUCACCGCUACACUACGGCACACCACAAGAACGAAGGGUGUGUUUCAACAUUAUGAAGUGGCGAACCCAAAUGAGCGAACUACGAGAACGAGUGAAUAUUGUCAAAGAACAUAUUCACGAUAGUAUUCGACAGAAAAGAGAGCUUGCUUCUUGUUGUGUGGGACCACCCGGAAUGAAAGGAUUUCCAGGAAAGAAUUCAAGAGAUGGGUAUGAUGGGGAACCAGGUCGUGAUGGUCAACCAGGACGUCCAGCUGAUGGAGAUAGUCGCAUGAUUUGCAUUCGUGAAUGUCCUGCUGGUCGUCCGGGACGAGAAGGUGGUGAUGGUCCAAAAGGACAGAAAGGACAACGUGGACGUACAGGACAACAAGGAGACACUGCUCCUCCAUCAAUUCGUGGGGAACCAGGAGAACGAGGAGACAAAGGAUUCCCAGGAGCACCUGGAACAGCAGGAGAACCUGGAGAGCCAGGGAGAGUGUAUGUGUCAGAUGGACCACCAGGAAAAGAUGGAGAGACAGGACCACGUGGACCACCUGGAGAUAAAGGACGAACUGGAAGAAAUGGAGAGGAUGGACUUCCUGGAGAGCGUGGAGAGAGGGGAUAUCAGGGGUUGAAAGGAGAAGUCGGAAAAAGAGGACCAAUGGGAACAUUCGGACCCAUAGGUCCCAAAGGAGAGCCAUGGCCUUGUGAAUCUUGUCCACCUCCUCGUGUCAGCCCUGGCUACUAUCUCAAUUCCAGAAAUAAAAAACAUUGA